AUGUUAUUCUUUAGACCGCUGCGGGUGUGUUGGAAGCACCCGUGUGGUCGUGUGCUAAUGCUGGUAUUUGGGUUGUCCAUGCUCGCCAUGGUGAUACUUCCACAGAUGGUUACAAGUAAUCAUCUCGUCAGAGUCAUGUCUGUCGUAUACCAUAAUGAUGAGCCCGAGAAUAACACAUGGCCGAACAAAAUGAGAGAAACGUACCCACCAACGGAGAUCGAUAAACCACCAUUCAUCCGAGCAUCAUUGCGAUCUUCAACUCCGGUUGUUGCAGCUGCCACAAGGACCGCGACCAUAGAGAAAGACAAGAUCACAACAAGCACUAUGAAUGUUAACAACAGCGCACUGAAGAAUUCUUCUGCAACUAAUCAAAGUAGUAGUAACCAAACUACUGCAACAAAGAGAUACCUCAUCUAUGUAUGUGAUCAUAAAUCUUAUUGUUACGGGAUCGGUGAUCGACAAAGAGGAUUAGUCAGUGUCUAUCUGCUUGCUGAGAUUACAAAUCGCAGUUUUGGAAUUAUUAUGACGUCGCCUUCGAAUUUUACUGAAUUCUUCAAACCAAAUCUAGUUCCCUGGGAUAUACCAAAGUCAGAGCUUGAAGGAAAGUCAUCUUUUGAAAUCGUGGCUUAUGGACCCAAAGUACAUCUAGGACUUCAUGAAAUAGACUUCAACAAAGUGUACCCUCAAGACGUAGUCUACGUGCGAACCAACCACAAAUGGCAGUUCGAUUUACUCAAUAACCACCAUUACAGAGACAAAUUUCCAGCGUGGACCAAGGUGCCAACUUGGAAGCUGUUUCAGGUGGCUUGGUUACGACUCAUGACGCCAACGAAAACUUUGCGUCAUGAGUUGAAUGAGAUAUUAGUGAAUAUAGUACAAGAUAUGAGUGAUGAAUAUACCGUUUGGCAGCUUCUUAAUGAGACUAAAUGCUGUGGGAAUAAAUAUAUUAAUGUUUCCAGUUGUAAUAACAAGACAUGUAACGCCUCGGAACUUAUAGAUCUAUGUUGUAAUUUGACUAGCAGUAAUAAAACUAGUGACGCAAUAAAGGCAUGCAAUGAUGGGGCAUGUUCGAAAGAAAGUAACGUUACAGGUUGUGAAAAUAUAACAUGCCCUUCAACAAACACCACACAUUGUAACAAUCAAACGUGUACAGUAUCAACAGUAAAAGACGCAGCAGAUAAUUUAGUCACACGCGAUUGUGUCAGACAUAUAGAAGAUAGGUCUAAGAAUGCAACAGAACUGCUUCGACUUAGACCUUUUGCGAAUAAAUAUUGCGACGAGAAAAGGCCUGUUCUGAAACCGUUGAUGUCUGUAGAAAGUAUUCAGAAGACUCAAGGAUAUGAUAAAGUGAAUAUAGACUUAGUAUGUGUGCAUAUAAGAGUGGGUCACAGUAAAACGUUACCUUUGGAAAAUAACGUGAGAAAUAAACCAAAUACCGUCACAGCCGUAUGGGAGUUUCUGAAGCCUUAUGUGGCAAAUGGAAAACAUGUGUACCUGGCCACAGACUCUCAAGAGGUUCGCGACCAAGCACAGAACAUCUUUGGCAAAAGAAUGCAUGUCAGCUCCGUUCCUAUUUUCCAUAUUGCCCUUGUCAAGAAGGGACAAGACGAAAGAUCUGCAUUCAGUUUGACACUGGUGGAACAAUUCCUGCUUACGACAUCGUGCAGAGUUCUGGUCGUCAGUUACAGUGGAUUCAGCAUGAAAGCGGCACAGAUCAGAGACCAACUACCGGGCGAUGCAAGCGGUCUAUACAUGUUCAAGAAUGGGGCUGUUGCACCCAAGGGGGUUAAAUGGCUGCUACGAUAA